AUGUCCAAAGAGCUAUUGGGUACUUUAGAAGAUGCACGAAAUACCUAUGUAAAGCUUCUGUGGGAAAAGCGGUUCAAAAAUCUUGCUUUGGUGCCGAGAAAUGUGCAAGAUCAAAUCGACGAACGUAAGACAGCGCUUGUACGGCACCAGGAGCUCCAGGAGGGAAUAAAUCGAAAGGAGGACCAGGAAAACGGUGCGCUAAUCAAGUACAAUGCUCCUGGAGACGAAAACGAUGCAGUUCAAACAAUGGUAGGGGGAGUAUAUGGCGAGAAUGACAUAUUUUCCAGCUCGUUAGCAGAACGCCAUAAUCGGCGUAUGGCGCUCCAGCCGGACUGGCAUGCGCCAUGGAAGCUAAUGAGAGUUUUAAAUGGUCACAACGGAUGGGUUCGGUGCGUUUGUGUGGAUCCUGUGGACAACGAGUGGUUUGCCACAGGCAGCAACGACACAACAGUGAAAAUCUGGGACUUGGCAACUGGGAAGCUCAAGCUUACGCUUGCAGGACACGUCAUGACGGUGAGGUCGAUAGCGGUGUCUCAAAAUCAUCCUUUCAUGUUCUCUGCCAGCGAAGACAAGCUUGUGAAAUGCUGGGAUCUGGAAACAAAUAAGGCCGUCAAGGACUUCCACGGCCACUUUUCGGGUGUCAGCUCCGUUGAUGUCCAUCCAACAUUGGACCUUAUAGCAAGUGCCGGUCGAGAUGCAGUGGUUCGUCUGUGGGAUAUCAGGACUCGACUACCUGUCAUGACACUCGCCGGCCACAAGGGCCCCAUAAACCAAGUCAAGUGCUUUCCGGUUGAUCCACAGAUAGUAAGCUGCUCGACAGAUGCAACAGUAAGGAUGUGGGAUAUUCGUGUGGGCAAAGCCGCCAAAAUCCUGACCCACCAUAGCAAGAACGUUCGAGCCAUCGCCGCGAGCCCGGCAGAGUUCUCGCUUGCCUCCGCAUCCACAGGAGACGUUCGGUCGUGGAGAUGCGAAGAUGGCCAUCUUCUGACCAAUUUCGGUUCAGAGGGUCUUGGUAUCGUCAAUUGUUUGUCGGUAAAUCCCGACGGCGUGCUAUUUGCCGGCACAGACGACGGCAAGCUGGCUUUUUUCGAUUACGAAACGGGACAUAAGUACCAAGAGCAGCCUACAAUCAAGAUCCCGGGCUCUUUGGACAGCGAGCGCGGUGUUUUGGCCGCUUCCUUUGACCAAACAGGAUUGAGAUUAAUAACUGGUGAGAGCGACAAGAGUAUCAAAGUGUGGAAACAAGACGAGACUGCAACUGCUGAAACGCACCCAGGAAUGCCUUGGAACCCAAGUAUGAACUCCCAGAGAUUUUGA